CUUAAAUCGAGACAGUCACACGUGUUGGCGAUGGUUCAGCGUUCUGUCGCAGGCACACACGCGAGAACAGCCACAGUGUUUGGCCAGGGUGGGCUUCCUUACAGUACUGCAUUUCUUCGUUAUGUUCGCUCGAGCUCACGCACGUAUCUCUGUGUCUCCGUCUGACCGGCGCACAGUGACCGCUGCCCUGCUGUUCGGUACACUAUGAGGAGCUGAAUGCGCCUCUGACGUGUCUGCUGAGAAACAGCGCAGGGCUCGGUGUGCUUUUGGAACAGGAUAACACGUUUGCAGUGCUGAGUGCAGCUCGGAGUGGCUUCUUCUGUCUGAGAAGGGACCACCGAGAAUCCUCCCUCCCCACCCGCCCCGUGCGCCACUGCUCAUGCGCUUUAAGUGAUGGACCAUGGAGAGAUGCUGAUCACACCGCCGUGCUGCGUCUCUCCAGGAGCUUUUUUCGUCCUGCUUCUCCUCGCACUGCACCAUGCCCGAGCCUGAUGGACCUCUCUGCGAAAUGGCCAUUGCGGGAGGCUCGCAGUGUCUCGAGGAUUGUACCAAGGCUGCCGUCGUUUUCUUUACGUAAUCUUACAGCCACUACUUGCGCGUUUUGUCCUCGGUCGCUUCGUCUGCGAUAGUGCUCCGCUGUGGGUGCGUUUUUCUUUUUCCCCCUCUCACUCCCGCUCAGAACAAUCCAACAUUCCCCCUCGGCGUUCCUGCUUGGCUUUUGUUUUUGUAUUGGAAAGGCAUGCCACGUUACUGUGAUGUGCAGUGGAUAAACAGAGCUCAGCCUGGGGACUGCACUCUGGCAAACCUUGACAUAUCCUGAUCUGGAGCUAAACACUGAAGCUCCGUUCAACUGAGCCUGCAUAAAGAGGGAUUUAUAAAGCAGAAUCCAGAUUCUCACGGUUUUAAAACCAUUUGAGAGAGUGGAAGGUAUGUCAUCCUCUAUGGGACUGUGCAUCAGGUGGACUGUCUGUAUGUCCCUGGUCCUUCUACAGAUGCCAGGGACUGCUGGCUCAAUAGUGAAUUUCCACAAAACGUGCAUAUGUGCCAGUAACAUUGUGAGCUGCUCCAAGAUGAACUUAACCACCAUUCCAACGGAACUGCCCAAGUACACAGCGGUGCUUGACCUGAGCUACAAUGACAUCACACGGUUGCGGGCAGAAUGGACCACAUACAAACUCCCCAAACUCCACAACCUUUUACUGAGCCACAACGGCUUGAACUUCAUCUCCACGGAAGCGUUUGUUUACGUCAGGCAGCUGCGCUACCUUGACCUUUCCUCCAACAGCCUGCGUCAACUGGACGAGUACAUCUUCGAACAGCUGGGGCAGCUGGAGGUGCUUCUACUCUACAACAACCAAAUCUCUCAGAUCGACCGCACCGCCUUCUCGGGCCUCAGCAACCUGCAGAAACUCUACCUGAGCCAGAACCAGGUGUCCCGCUUCCCUCUGGAGCUGGUCAAGGACAAGACGCGGCUGGAGAAGCUGAGCUUGUUGGACUUGUCUUCCAACCGGAUCAAGGUACUCCCUGUGCAAGAUCUGCAGGGCCUGCCAGCCUGGAUCAAGAAUGGACUCUAUUUCCACAACAACACUCUUAUCUGUGACUGCGAGUUGUACAAAUUGAUGGCUCACUGGUACAUGCGACGGCUGAACUCAGCCGUGGACUUUAAAGACGACUACACCUGCAUACCACCAGGGUCUGAAAAAAAGCGCAUUUUCGAACUAAAUCUGCACAUGAACUGCAGCACGUUUAACGAGUCAGUGGAAGAGGCCUUUUUGGAGCAGAACCUGGUCCUCAGUUGUGACACCCGGCAUCGGUACAUGUCCAAGACGUGGAUGCUGCCAGGCAACGUAGUUGUGUCCCCUGGCAACAACAACCAGAGUGCAUCAGUUCUCCCAGAUGGAAACCUGGAGAUCCGUUCUAUUAAACUUGAGGAUUCUGGUCAGUACACUUGCUUUGCUGUGAGCGAAUACCUUAAUGAAACCCUGUACGUUUGGGUGAAGGUGCAUAACUUCACAAUGAGCGGACAUGGCGAUACCCUCAACACAGCAUACACGACUCUGGUGGCCUGCUUGGCCAGUGUAGUCCUGGUGCUCAUCUACCUGUACCUGACCCCUUGCCGCUGCUUCUGCUGUCCAGGGCAAGGCAAGUCUAAGAGCCAUCAUGAAGACAGCAUCCACUCCUCCAUGCUCAGUGCCACGCCAACGCAUGAGGAUCUGGCAACCAAAGCUGAGCUCAGUAGGCAUGUUGCCUUCAUAGACCCCAAGGACCUGCAGGGCCAGAAUGGGAAAGUGAACCCCAAUGGGGAAGAGGAGCUGGACGAGGAGGCUAGGCAGGGGAAAGGCAAACGGAAGAAAUCAGUGGCGGACUCCAUUAGUUCAGUCUUCUCUGACACACCCAUUGUGGUUUGAGAGGAUAGUGUCCAGUGUUCUGGACUGGGAGAGGCCUUCUGUUGUGGAUGUAUGUCGUAAGAGCUUUAUCCAGAGACACUGAGCUGUUGUGACUUCCCUGGGUAAAGAAAGUGACAGUUUGCAACUUUGGCCGAUGAGCUAUAUAGUGUUAUAUCACUUUUCUUUGUGAGUUUGAUAAGGACAAGGUAGAAAAAAACAACCUUUCCAGCAUUUUAAUCUGUAGCAUUUAAGUAUAUACUGUGAAAAGGUCUUGCCAUGUACGGUAAGUGGACUUGAUUGUUGAGACAUGGGGAAGCAGAUGGGAAAAAAGAUGAAUUUCUCCAUGAAUAGCUACUGGAAAGCCUUAUUAUUCAAUAAGAGAUGUUAAAAGAUAGAUACAUCCACUAUAUAAUCAAGUCAUAAGCAUGAUUCUUACAGACUGCUAAUGUUAAGAAUAUAGCUUUGUGCCCUAUAGCCAUUAGUAUAGGCAGUAUUUAUUCUCUCCUUCCCCAAAUGCUAACUUACCAGCAUCACCACGUUAUAUAUAGACUUCAGUCAUGAGUCAUUGCUACAGGAGUGGCAGGCCAUUACGUUGAAACGGCAUUACGUUGAAUGCUGAAUAGUGAUGGGGGGAUGUAGCAAGAUUUGCAUCUGCUUUUAGAAAUUCAACACCUUCUAACUUAAAGGGAAACUGUGGAAUCUUAGAAGGAACACAUCCUAUUGAAAAACUUCAGCCUGGGUCAAUUUUAAGUAUAGUAAACGUUGAAAAAGAAGAAUUAUAACUGCCACUUGUCCAUUAGAGGAAUAGAAUAAUCCCUAUUACUUUGGUUAUUGUUUAUACAGUGAGGAAUCAUGUGUACCAGAAUUUAGUUAGCUGGUUAAAAUUAAGCCAAAGUUUAUUUCAUUGCAUUGCAAUUUCAGACACUUGCAAUAAAAGCCCGGUCAGGAACUGUUGAAACAGGGUUACAGCUCAUGAGCUUUCUAACAAAAAGCUCAGUAACCAUAUGUUUUAGUUGUACGCCAGUCUGUAUCGUCCAGUCCAAUGUUGUUGUUGAAAGUAUGGUUUGUUGUAGCGCCAAAAACUGGAACUGAGCUGCCAGCCACCCCAUUUGGGCUUUAAACAUCACCUUAAAUUGAUGUCAGAUUAACAAUAGCAUUGCUUUUCAUCUGCCGCUUAAGAGUAAAUUAAAUGGCUGUGUUGUAUGCACUGCAUAUUUUAAUCUUUAAACAAUGGCUCCUAAUUACGUUACGACUGCCAUUCUUUCUUAGGAAAUCAAUUAUAUGCACAGCGUUAUUUACAUGAGGCUGUCUGUCAUGACAAUCGGAGAGGGAUACAUUACCUGAAUGCUAAUAACCUCUUUAAAUAGAUUAAGGCAUCGCUAUUGCUUGUCUGUAGUAAAGAAAGCAACGUUCCAGGAUUCAGAAGCCAAAAAAUGUUUUUCAGACAUCUGGUUCUCAAGCCUUUUCUCGAGUUCAGAUUUGCAUAUUUUGGUGGCUUUUAGUCAUGGCUGAGUCAUCCAUUGUCGGAAUGUUUUCUAAAUGAUUGGGACAGUCUCUAAUUACAUCUUAGACCCCUAGGGCUCUUUGUAAUCUUGAUGAGAAAACAAAGGCCAGAGACAGAGUGGGGUGGGGGGUGUUGGGACAGGCGUUUGUUUCAUUCCAGAACCAGUGGUAAUAAUCUGAACAAAUUUUUUGGGGUGAAUUAAGAUGCAGUUGUUGGAGUGGUUCAAGUCCAAGAUAGUGGUGCAUACCAAUGGUGCAUAAUGGUAUUGGCGUCAUAUCAGUAGAUAUUUGCUUAAAAAUGUCACCUUUAGACAGACGUUUCGAUUUAAGUGACAUUUCAAAACAAUAGUUGAAGAUGUAUUUAUUGUGCUUCCUAUACAUUUUAUACAACCAUCUACAAAAAGCUAGAUUUCUCUUUAUGUUGAUCCAUACAUUUUAUAAAAGUUUAUGUAACAGCACGGGCAGAUAUAUACAUCAAAAUCUUGGACAUUUGCGUUGGCCUACAUUUCCCAUAUCAGUGCAUUUCUAGUGUAUACCAUUUCACUGAAGUCAUAUUAUUUAUUUAGGUGUAACCUAUGUGCAUAUAUGCCUAUAUAUGCAUAUGCAUCAAUUACAUUACAGUCCACUGACAGUAUCCUAUAUAUAUAUAUCUAUAUACAUAAUGAUGCUAUUGGACAAAAAUCUUGUACCUUCAAAAUGGUGACUUUACAGAAGAAGGAAAAACAGUUUUAAUGUAAGUCAAUGUAAAAGUCAUUUUGGGCCAUUUCUGUUGGUUCACUCAUCCUGAAAUUUAUACACAAUAUAAAGGGCAUCAGACAUUUUAAACUGUGUCAGAAACUGAAAAACAGACAAAAAUGGAGAAAGUUUUGUUUUGCCAGUGACAGUAUGCAAUCAAUCGCAACAUAUUUCAAAGACAGUGUUCACAGCUCCCAGGAGGCUGUGACCAAAUACUAUUCAGCAGUCAAAUAGCAAGUGGACUUGACUCAAAUUUUUAGAUUAAGAUUCAAGAAACCCAUUGUACAAGCAGGAGCAUGAGCGAUGUCCUGACAGUCCAAAACAAAUAAGAGAACGUUUGAGAACAUUGGCAUGUCCUGUUUUUUAGUGUACUGGUGCAAAACACACACAGUCCAUGUAGCAUUCAGGCGUGACACCUUAUAGCCCUAUCCCAACACCAUUAAUAAUUAGGGUUCUCCAGUUUCCUAUUUGCUCAGACGGACAGGAGACAGAGCAGAUUAGAGUGGCAUGGCAGCCAGAUCAAGCUCACUUUCACCCUGCUUGUCUUUUUGGAUGGAAAGUAAAGGCAGGAGACGCAUCUCUGCAGUAAUAAUAAGCAGAGGACAAUAUCAGUUGACAGCAGAGGAAUCAUUUUUAGUACAACUUGUGUAAUACGACACUACCAAUACAAUGUUUCAUAUGGAAUGUUCUAAGUCAGAUGUAUUUUUGAUCCAGUUUUCCCAACAUACGUAAGCACAUCUGGGUGCACAGUAUUAUCUCAGGGAAGAAGUAAUGGAAAAUGAGAGCAGCUGUGAUGGACAGUGACAGGCAGUGGGCAGUUUUAGGCCUUUUUAAAUGCCUCUUCAGCUGAAGCCAAAAUUCUGUGACGAGUUGGGUGUCCUCACCAUCUUGAUCUCCAUGGGAAGAGUGCCAGUGUCUCAAAAACACGCUUCACCUGGGCGAGAGACAUUGACAGCCAAGUGCUUUCCCAAGCAAGAUCUAGUGGCCCUUCAGCCAAUGUCAUGUGUUGUCAUGGAGUAUCAGUCCUUGGGUAUUCUUAGGUGGCAGCAGUAUUCUAUUAUUACUCUCUGUUCAUCAUUCGGCAUUUUAUGGACAGUACAUCUGUGCUUUCGUGUGUCGUUGUGCUGUUUGUUUACAGUGUUUGAGACAGUGUUUUCUUAACCAGCGAAUCAUCUUGUCCAUGAUGUCUCAAAAGGCUGAAUUCCUUGUUCUUCUAUCAGCAGUGCCCCAAGCCUGCUCCUGGAGAUCUUGCAGCAGUAGAAGUAAUUGAGCAAAGCUGGCUCUAAUGUGAAGAUACUCCUAAAGAGCCUGAUUAGGUGGAUCAAGUGGGUCAAGACUAGAAUGAAUUUUUUUUCAAAAAGCAGAUCACCAGGGGUUUAUCUGGCAUCCUUCUUCUUUAUAUAUUGUGUUCUUUAUGCAGUUGUCUGGAUUCCAGUUGUGACACAAGAUGUUGAUUUUAUAAUAACAUUAUCUGUAAAGGCUGUUCCUGUCAUAUGAUAUUGAAGAUAUGUUUACAGUACGUCUUCUCACUUUAGGUCUGUAAACUAGAUUUUGAAAUUAGUAAAUAAAGCAAACUUCACUAAGCCAUCAAAAACUGUACCUACGGAGGCAACAAAGCACUGUAUUAUAGAGUAGUUGGAUAAUAAAAUAUGCUCUUCUUCAGGAAUACACUGUUAUAUUUAAAGAGACAUUUUUAACACAACCUUAGAGAAUUGCCUUGGCUCUGCUUUACAUUACUAGCCUCUAAUACCUUUGCUAGGAUGAUGUACAGUAUGUAAGCACACUAGAAUUUGUGUAUCAGCAUACAUCUUCCUUACCUACUGCUUUAAUAUUGUGUGUCCUUUCCUUUCGGCAGGUACAAUGUAUGUAUGUAACAAGUAUGCACUUUUUCACUGCCUUCUCUGUAUGUCCAAUAUUAGUUUAUCUUAUUUAGUUCUGGGUAUUAGAGACUAUUAAUUGAAAGUAUUCAUGCCUGUCCAUUGUCUACAAAGGGACUUCAGUCCAGCGCUGUGCUAUAGUCAGAGACCACCCUUUACUUAUUUAAUUUCCAGUCAAAUCUGCUAUUAACUACAAAUUAUUCAUUUUAGGCAUCAAGAAGCAAAAAUUGUUCCAUUCUUUUCGGGAGAAGUGCUUUCAAAGAAAUCUGCGUUUUUCCAAAGUUUCCAUUGUUCUGAGAACACCCAUUUCCUUUUCUCAGUAAGGGCUUCUUGACAGCUACGCAUCCUUUUUAGACGACGUAACACUGAAUUGUCUUCUCACAGUGGAAGUGAAUUAUUUUCAGAUUUGAAGCAAGAGUGGAGCUUGAAUUUCUCCUCUCAAAGAUGAAAGCUUUGAUGAUGGCAGUUUUGGUGGUCUACCAGGCCUUGCACUGUUGUUUGCAGUCCCACUUUCUCUAGAUCUGUUAAUUAAUUUUUGAAAGGUGUUUUGGAAAAUCCUCUUUUGUCCUUCUUCCUUAUUCAAGUGUAUUAUCUUACAUCUAAUCUCCUAGAAAUCUCUCCUGAAAAAUGAAUAACUUUUAUUUAAAAGCUCUUUUGACUGGAAAUAAAAUAAAUGAAGCAUAGUCUGACUUUGGCACUGUACUGUAUGUUUAGUAGAUUCCAAAUACACUGACCACAUUUAGAUCAGUUUGAAAAAAGCCUUUGCCUUUAGUUGUGGGAAAGACAGAAGAAAAAAGAAAUAAAUAUGUACUUACUGGAACACUCAUCAGUACAAUGUGAAUGUUAUGAGGGUCAUAGUAGCCUCAUAGUACAGACAUGGCCUAUAUGUCUCAGUAAGCAUAUUACGAGUGCAAUAUCUAGUAGAUGCUGCAUAAUGUCGGUCCUGUAUUAAAGCUAGAGAGGUCUUGCUGUAAUACGUCUGUAUGCUAGAUUGUCUGCAGAGGGAGAGUUUGGUAACCGCAUAUGCCAGACCUGUAGAAGUUUUAAUGUAGACAAAUUAUUAGACUGACAAAUUCUGAAAAAUAAAUAAAAAGGUGACAGCUUCA